AUGGUCUCAUUCUCAGCUAUCGUCGCUGCUGCUCUAGCGCUAGUCCCCAGCGCUCUGGCAGCACCCAGCGGAUUGGGAGCCGUCGACAGCCCCACGCCCAACAGCCUCGCCACCCGUCAAAACGCUCCAUGGCAAUACUGGACCGAAGGACAGGGACAAUUCAACUGUCAACAGCAAGGAGGCGGGAAGUACUCUUGUUCGUGGAAUGGACAGGCAGGCGGCGGCCUGGUUGCCGGAUCGGGAUGGUCAGCUGGCCGAAAGACCGUGAAGUACGAGGGAACAUACAACCCCAAGGGCCCUGGCUACCUCUCCCUGUACGGCUGGACUCGCAACGCGCUAGUCGAGUACUACAUCAUCGAAUCUUGGGAUGUUUUGGCGCCCGGUGAACCCUGGACGCUGCGCGGAAACUUCACGUCGGAAGGCAACAAAUACGCUUUCUACACUGCGCAGCGCGUGCAGAAGCCUUCGAUCGAAGGAACCCGAACAUUUAUUCAGUACUUUUCCGUGCGCGAUCCGUCUGAGAAGAAGGUCGGCGCCGUGUCCGGCACGAUUAACACCGGCGACCAUUUCGAUGCUUGGGCUAAGUUCGGAUACCGUCUCGGCACCUUCGAGCAGAACAUGUUCUUGGUCACUGAAGCAUUCGCCAACGGUACCAACUUGCCCAGCGGUACUAGCACCAUCACCGUGAGUUAA